GCGUGCGCGCCUGACAGCGGACGCGCGGAGCAGCGGCAGACAGACAGCGGAGGAGUUGGUACGAACAUCCUCGACUUCACGACCAAAAACACCUCGACCGCUCUUUGGCUGCUCCGCCCGCAGACAUGCCUCGGACCGGCCGCCGUGUGGGGGAUUCACGCCGGAUUUAGCGUCCGAUCGCUGCGGGGGAAGAUGAGAGAACGCGAAGCGAACUGCGCCAGAGAAAGUGUGCCUUGUUUGGAGACGAACGGAUCGUGUGCCACAACAUAAAACUCAGCGCACCAAGGCCAGCGGCAGCCCGUAGCACUGGUUAGCUCGUCGGCUAGCGGUAGUCCGCUAACGUUACAGGUGUUUAAGCUGCAAAUAACCAAACGUAACUUGUAGCUGUACUUCGCUGGCAGCACUUCAGACUCUCGUGUCGUGUCUUAACACUGAACGCAUUGUGCCUGUUAUACGCCUUUUACCAAAUCACAAGUAGCCAGUGUAACACUUAGCAACAUUGUUGUUAGCCAUUAGCUUUUAAGUUAGCGCUGCCCCGUGUUUACAGCUGCAGCGGGCUAGCGCGGCUAGUCAACAAGCUAGCGAGUUAACUUUACAGCUGCAUGUGCUUAUUUCUCUUCGUAGCUAAUUUUUCGCCUUUUAACCCGACUUCAUUCCAACCCCACGGCGUCGCUUAGUUACAUUCGCUCGUAUUUGCAAGCCACUUCGACCCCCUUUGUUCCGCCGUGCCUGCCCCGGACUGACCCACCCUCAAGGACUAUCUAUCCGGGGCCGAUGCUGACAGUUCAGCCCGGAGCACGGCAACGCCAGGAGCCGCUACCGCGAUGCAGCCCCAGCAGAUGUACGACUUUUCGAGUGAAGAGAACAGUCACAAAUGGAGAGGCCUCUUCGUGCAAGCUCUACGGAAGGUACAGAAGCAGGUCCACCCAAACCUCACGGCGAAGGAGGACGCCCUGCAGCACAUCGAGGAGCUGAUCCUGCAGCUGCUCAACAUGCUGUGUGUGGCCCAGCCUCGCACUGUGCAGGAUGUAGAGGAACGUGUCCAGAAAACCUUUCCCCACCCUAUAGACAAGUGGGCGAUUGCAGAUGCUCAGUCGGCCAUCGAGAAACGCAAGAGGAGAAACCCUCUGCUUCUCCCUGUGGACAAGAUACACCCAUUGCUCAAGGAGGUUUUGGGUUAUAAGGUGGAUUACCAUGUUUCCCUGUACAUCGUAGCUGUGUUGGAAUACAUAUCUGCAGACAUACUGAAACUGGCUGGAAACUAUGUUGGCAACAUUCGGCACUAUGAAAUCAGCCAGCAGGACAUCAAGGUUUCCAUGUGUGCAGACAAGGUGUUGAUGGACAUGUUCGACCAGGAGGAGGACAUCGGCCUCAUGUCUCAGUGCACAGAUGAGCCGUCGUCUUCUGGGGAGCUGACGUAUGACGACCUGGUGAGGCUUGAAAUCGCAGAGGAACGCCAGUACCUGCGGGAGCUCGAUCUCAUCAUCAAAGUGUUUCGGCAUCACUUCCUGUCCAAUCCCAAAAUAUUCCAGCCUCAGGACGUGGAUGUGAUCUUCAGUAACAUCCUCGACAUCCACGAGCUGACGGUGAAGCUGCUGGGCCUGAUCGAGGAUGCGGUGGAGAUGACGGCUGACGGCAGCCCUCAUCCACUGGUGGGCAGCUGGUUUGAAGAUCUGGCGGAGGAGCAGGCCUUUGACCCCUAUGAGACCCUCUCUCAGGACAUCCUCAACAGGGAUUUUCAUGAGCACUUCAACAGCCUGAUGGCACGAUCAACUGUAGGCCUCUACUUCCAGUCAGUUGCAGAGGGAUUCAAGGAAGCAGUCCAGUAUGUUCUUCCCCAGCUGAUGAUGGUCCCAGUUUACCACUGUAUGCACUACUUUGAGCUUCUACAGCAACUUCAGGAGCGCAGUGAAGACCUAGAUGAUAGAGAAUGUCUGAAACAGGCGAUCACCACGUUGCUCAACCUUCAGUGUAGCGUGGAUCGCAUCUAUGCCAAGCACCAGCCUCGCCGUAAACCUGGUGAGCCCAUGUACCGCCUGUACAGCAGGCAAGUGCGUAGCAAACAACUCGCCAUCAAACGCAUGAACGAGAUCCAGAAAAGCAUCGACGGCUGGGAGGGGAAGGACAUCGGUCAGUGUUGCAGCGAGUUCAUCCUAGAGGGGCCACUUAUACGAGCCGGCGCCAAGCAUGAACGAUACAACUUCCUGUUCGACGGCCUGAUGAUCAGCUGCAAGGCCAAUCAGAGCUCCCGGCUCCCGGGGGCGAGCAGCGCCGCCGAGUACCGGCUGAAGGAGAAGUUUGUGCUGAGGAAGAUCCGCAUCGUGGACCGCGAGGACUCCGCGGAGCUGCGGCACGCCUUUGAACUGUUGGGCAAAGACGAGAACUGCGCCGUUUUCUGUGCAAGGACGCAAGAGGACAAAGCGGCGUGGAUGGCAGCGUUGGUGACUCUGCAGUACCGCUCCACUCUGGACCGCAUGCUGGACACUGUGCUGCAGCACGAGGAACAGGCACAUCCUCUAAGACUGCCCUCCCCAGAGGUUUACCGUUUUGCAGUGCAGGACUCUGAAGAGAAUAUAGUGUUUGAGGACAAAGUGCAGAGCAAGACGGGCAUCCCCAUCAUUAAGGCCGGCACAGUGGUCAAGCUCAUAGAGAGGCUCACCUACCAUAUGUAUGCUGAUCCUAACUUCGUACGCACAUUUCUUACUACAUACCGAUCAUUCUGCAAACCACAGGAGCUGCUCACCCUGCUGAUAGACAGAAUUGAGAUCCCUGAACCGGAACCAACUGAGGAGGAUCGACAGGCACUCUGGAACGGCGAUCAGCCAAUGGCAGCCGAACUUCAGCGGUUUCGGAAGGAAUACGUGCAGCCGGUCCAACUCAGGGUCCUAAAUGUUUUCCGCCAGUGGGUCGAACAUCAUUUCUACGACUUCGAGAACGACCCAGAGCUCAGAAGUCGGUUAGAGGAGUACAUCACCAGCAAAAUCCAGCUGCGAGGCAAGUCGAUGAGAAAGUGGGUGGAAUCGAUCAAUAAGAUCAUCAAGAGGAAGCUGCAGAUGCAGUCAAACGGCGUCGGCCCCAACAUCACCUUCGAGAGCGCGCCCCCUCCCAUCGAGUGGCACAUCUGCAGAGCGGGGCAGCUAGACACCUUUGACCUUUUGACCCUUCACCCCAUAGAGAUCGCUCGUCAGCUGACUCUGCUCGAGUCUGAGCUGUACAGAGCGGUCCGUCCGUCUGAACUGGUCGGCAGCGUCUGGACGAAAGAGGACAAGGAGAAGAAUUCACCAAACUUGCUCAGAAUGAUCCGCCACACAACCAACCUCACACUGUGGUUUGAGAAGUGCAUUGUGGAGAUGAUGAACCUGGAGGAGAGAGUGGCCGUGUUGUCGCGGGUCAUAGAGAUUCUGCAGGUUUUCCAGGAGCUCAACAAUUUCAACGGCGUGUUGGAGGUGGUCAGUGCCAUCAACUCUGUCCCAGUCUACAGGCUCGACCACACCUUUGAGGCAAUACCAGAGCGGAAGAGGAAAAUCCUGGAAGACGCUGUGGAACUGAGCCAAGAUCAUUUUAAGAAAUACUUGGCUAAACUGAAGUCAAUAAACCCACCCUGUGUGCCUUUCUUUGGUAUUUAUUUGACCAACAUCCUGAAGACGGAGGAGGGCAAUCCAGACUUCCUCAAACGUCACAGCAAGGAGUUGAUUAACUUCAGCAAGCGGAGGAAAGUGGCUGAAAUCACGGGGGAAAUCCAGCAGUAUCAGAACCAGCCGUACUGUCUGAAGGUGGAGCACGACAUCAGGAGGUUCUUCGAGAACCUGAACCCGAUGGGCAACAUGACUGAGAAGGAGUUCACUGACUACCUGUUCAAAAUGUCUAUGGAUAUUGAGCCACGGAACUGCAGGCAGGCUCCUCGAUUUCCCCGGAAGACCAUGUACCCUCUGAAGUCCCCGGGGAUCCGGCCCGUGCGAACGUCUACCUCUGGCACCCUGAAGGGCCACCCCGUCGCCCUGGAGAGGGAGCCCCCGCAUAAGAUCACCUUCCAGCGCAUCGCCGAGUCCGAGCCAGAGACGCCGGCGUCGGCCUCGGUGCCCACCUCCCCAAACUCCCCCACGCCUCCGCAGUCGGCCUCCUCUGACCUCAGCUCAGUUUUCAUGGAGCACGACCUCAGCAGCUCCUUCAGCGGUAGCAACUCAAUAUUUGUUCCAGUUCUUCUACCACCAUCAAAGCUCCAGUCUGCGUCGUGCGGCAGCCUCCACCAGCUCGGAGAGCCGCCGCCUCUACCGCCACGCAGGAAAGACACCAUGUCUGAAGCCAAACUGAGCUCCAUGUCCGACAGCCCUCCGGCCAUACCUCCGCGGCUGCCCCCCCCUCUUCCCAGGAACCAGCCUCGGCCGCAUAUCUACAACGGCCCCCCCAUGGACAGCCCCCUGCCCAGCCCGCCGCCUCCACCUCCGCGCGACCCUGUGCCGGACACGCCGCCUCCCGUGCCCCAGCGCCCCCCGGAGAUCUUCAUCAACUACCCCGUCAACUACCCCCUCAACCUGCAGGCUUCCCCCGUGGGCCGAUACCACUGGGAAUUCAGCAGCUCCCCCAGCUCUCCCAACACCCCCCCCAGCACGCCGUCGCCUCGCAUCCCCAGGCGGAGCUGCCCGCUCAGCGCCAGCCAGAACAGCCUGUGCCCCCUACCUGUUCCCAGCACGGCUCCGCCCGUCCCCCCGCGUCACAUCUCCAGCCUCCAGCUCCCCAAACUCCCGCCAAAGACGUACAAAAGGGAGCUGCUGCAGCCGCCGCUGCAGGGCCUCUCGCUGGUGGAGAACACUGACGGCAGCCAGUGAGCUGCCGGCUUCCGUUUUUCUUUCUUUUUUUAUUUUUUUCCAACAAAUGCAAACUUCAGACUGUCUCCUACAACACAGCUAUUGGUCAGAAAGAAAUAACAGUGCUCCACAUGCUCUUAACUCCACCUGCCCAGUUGCACCCCGCUGUGCCUCUCAGGGGAUCGGUAGCUCCACCUUCAUCACAAUCUCUGUGCCAACGAGAACCCCCCACCGGUGUGCCAGCUCAUAAACAGGGAGCCGAGCGUUUGUCUGUUCGUUCUAAUCUGGGCAUGAUUCUCUGCUCCUAAUAAAAGUUCUCACUCCUUACACUCAACUUACCCCCACGUCCCGCUCCCUCACUGAGGUGGGGCCAGAGUGGGGGGCUUUGGACUUUGUAGCCUCAACUGUUGCGCUUCGUUUUCCCGGGCAUUGACCUCCUGUAGAGUAAUGCUGCAGACCUCCCAGCCUCCUUAAACAUCUGAGACGUAGCUCAAUGGCGGUGGGCGAGCAGCCGGCGUCUCCACCGUCUUGUUUUUUUCCUACUAACUGAAAACAAACAGUUGCCAAAGUCUUAUUUUAUGCAGGGGGAUAAGGGAUGAUCUUUUUCUUCUUCCUUUCUUUUUCUUUUUGUUGAAGAAAUGUGACGUUGUAAGAAACACAAACAGGGGGCGACACUGAAUUUCCCGCACGGCAUCUCAGCUGUACACUGUGACUGCAUUGGACGCGAGUCAAACUGACUGUUUCCCGUCUGGGGACAGCCUCAAAACGUUGCCUUUUUCAAAUCCAACAGCAGUGACCUCUGACCCCAGGCCCCGGAGUGGGGAAACGGGAGCAGAGAGCACUGCAUUUGCACAUGGGCGAAGUCAGCAGGUUUUCCAAUAUACUAUAAAACAAGCUAAAAAUCUCUGCGGCAUGCGACAGAGGCCACGGUAUCAAACUGCGCUGUUCUGAGGGGGAGAGGAAAACCCACAGACACUAGUGUGUCUCUCUCUCUCUCUCUCUUGCAAACUUUUGGGAAGCUGAUGUCUUAACCGAUCCCCCUCUGGGCGUACACUGCUGUCCGACACUGUGCUCUUCUCCGGCCCUCGCGACCAACGUCUCUUUGUUAUUCAAACUCAGCACUGGAAGCACGCAAGCCUCCACCAACGCUGGGUCGGCUCCCCCCAGUGGCUGCUCCUCGAAACAGACUCUCCUAAAAGAGAACCCAGCUUCUUAGUUGUUUUUGUUUCUUCUCGCUUGAAGCCAUUUUUGUUUCACUUUGGAAAGACUGAAAUAAUCCAUGCAUCAUGCUCAGAUGUGCCUUUUUAUUUUGUUUUCUACUUUACAGAAAUAAUCAAAUGGUGUCUAAAAUGCUAAAAAAUAAAGUUGCCUAUGUAAUGUUUAGAACAAAGCUAUACACUUUGAAAUUGUACAUGUUUGUGGAUACUGUGUGUAUAUAACAUGUAUACACUAACUAAAUAAUUUGUAUAAAGUGACAUGUUUUUCCCCUUUGUUGUAACGUCCCCUCAUCCGCAUCUGUUCAGUCGAAUAUUGCCUAAUAACCCAAUGCUGCUACAGUCGGAUAAAAAAGAAAAAACCUGAAAAACAAAACCAAACAAUAAAUGGGUCACUGUCACUAACUUA